CGGAAGUUUGAUGUCAACAAACCUGUAAACACCCAUGGGUGAACAACGAGCACGACACAUGUAAGAAGCUGCUUUUAAAGCGGCUCUUUGGUCGCGCAUGGCCGCGGCGGCGGAGUCCGGGGGACCCGGCGGGGCUCCGGCGUGUCUCUGCGUCCUCUGCGGGCUCCCCGCGGCCGGGAAGAGCGCCCUGGCCGCCGGGGUGCUGGGAGCCGCCGCGGAGCAGGGAUGGAGGGCAGCCGUGCUGCCCUAUGACGACCUCAUCCCCGAACAGGCUUUCCAGACAAGAAGGCUGGAGGAUGGAAGCACGCUGCAAGAUAUGCACACUGAAUGGAAGUCCCACAGACAAGCAGUGCUGCAGGGCAUCGAGCAGUUCUUGAGGAAUCAGGAAAUGCCAAGUAACUCUCUGAUCAACACUACUGCUUGGGAACGAUGCUUCCAAGGUCUGCUGCAGCCCAAAGCGUUGAAGUCUGAUGGACUACCACUUCUCUUUUUACUGGAUGACAACUUCUACUAUCCAAGCAUGAGAUAUGAAGUGUUUCAACUUGCGAGAAAGUAUUCGCUGGGUUUCUGCCAGGUGUAUCUUGAGUGUGAUUUGGAGAUCUGCAUCAACAGAAACCAAAGCAGGCCUCAGCCCAUUCCACAUGAGGUGAUUUUGGAGAUGGUGAAACGUUUAGAGUCUCCAAAUCCAGGGAAGAACUAUUGGGAGAAGCAAAGCUUGCUACUCAACACCACAGACAACUUGUCCCAGUGUGACAUCCAGAAAGUGAUGGAGUUGAUUUCUUCUGCCAUGAGUAACCCGUUAAGCCCAGCUGAGGACAACGCUGAACAAAAGGAAGCUGAUCGUCUGAAAUGCGCCGCCAGUGUGGUCCACCAGGCUGACCAGGCCUGUCGACGCCUCAUAUCUGAAGCAAUGAAGACUGCCAGAGAAAAUCAGGUUCCAUCUGAACACAUGCGGUGUCUGGCUGCUCAGCUGAACGAAGCUAAAGCAACAUUUCUUCACGAUCUGCGGAAGCGGUUCCUCCAGGAGGCUUUAAUUCAAGAGGAGGACAUCGAUGUUGAGCAUGUGGCAAAAAGAGCAGUGGAUGUUUUUGAUGACAACAAAAAGCAGAUCCUGUUAAGAUUCAUAAACAAUCAUGAAUAACUUAAAUUAAAAAAGAAAAUGCUAUACAAACAAAUACAUCAGUUUGUGUUCAGUUUCGUAAAUAACACUUUUUGCAGGUCAUUUGCUCUCAAAAUUCAUGCGUUGAGUAACGCUGAGUUAAACGGACUUAAAAAAAUCCAUGUAUCAGUUCAUUAAUUUAUUCAAUUACACAAUAAAAAAC